GUUGUUGGAUAACACCAUCAGACCAGCUCAGAAGUGAUCAUCACAAAUAAAAGGAACUGGCAGACAGUCAAAACAAAACUGUUGCAUGAUUUGAUUCUUCAAAAAUUCAGCAUCUUCGCUUCUCCACGCCCAUUCCAUCAGUUACACCAACCUCUUCAACCAUGACUGAAUCCUUUCCCGCCGCAUUAGCAGGGCCAACCUCCAAGGAACGCAAGUAUGACCGCCAACUGCGAUUAUGGGCUGCCACAGGUCAGCAAGCCCUGGAGGAUUCCCGUGUGCUGUUGGUGAACUCCGACGGCCCGAUAGGCGCCAAUAGUACCGGAGUCUCUGGCGUUGUUGGCGUGGAGGCCCUCAAGAACCUGGUCUUGCCAGGUAUCGGAGGAUUCACUAUCGUGGACCCAGCUACUGUCACUGAAUCCGAUCUUGGGGUGAAUUUCUUCUUGGAAGAGGAGUCGCUUGGCAAGUCCCGUGCGGAAGAGACAUGCCGGCUGUUGCGGGAGUUGAAUCCUGACGUUCAAGGCUACUCUUAUUCCAAGCAUAUCACGGAGCUUCUCAACGAUCCAGACUUCUUGCCCCGGCAUAAGCUGGUGAUCAUCUCUGGUCCGACCAAUCGGUCAUCUCUGGGCUCUCUCACCCAGCAAGCGCAGAGACUUGGCAUUCCUGUGUUGUAUGUUCAUUCAGUUGGAUUCUAUUCAACUUUUUCGUUGCAGCUGGAUGCGGAGUUUCCCAUUGUCGAGACGCACCCAGACCCAGAGACAACGCAGGACCUGCGCCUUCUCAACCCCUGGCCAGAACUUGCCGCUGCCGCUGCGGGCCUUGAAGACUUGACUGCCAUGGACGACCACAAACACGGCCACGUUCCAUAUAUCUUGCUCCUACUCCACUUCCUCGAGCAGUGGAAGCAAGCACACGAAGGCAAUGCGCCUGGCAGCUACAAGGAGAAGACCGAAUUCCGGGAAUUCGUCCGCUCGAACACACGCACUGACAACGCCGAAGGUGGCGAGGAGAACUUUGAUGAGGCGGUUGCAGCAGUACUCAAGACGAUCUCACCAUUCAGUCUACGCAGCUCUACCCGCGAGAUCUUUGAAAUGGAACAGUGCAAGCAAUUGACACCCCAAUCAGUAGACUUUUGGGUGAUCGCGUCUGCAAUCAGUACCUUCUACACUACCCACGGCGUGCUACCCCUACCAGGAUCCCUCCCCGACAUGAAAGCCCAAUCAGCCGACUAUGUCGCAUUGCAAAAUAUCUACAAGAGCAAAGCCCGCCGGGACGUGGAAGAAGUCACCGCUACGAUACGCCAGCUGGAGUCUCAACUCGGCCGAUCCACUCCGCAAAUUCUCGAGCGCGAGAUUGAAGUCUUCUGCAAGAACGCCGCCCAUAUCAAGGUCGUGCAUGGCCGUGCCGUGCCUCAAAUCAGCAGUGACAGCGAUUCAAUGACGCUCAAGGCUAUCCGGAAUCAACUGAACACGCCCGAUUCCCUGAUCUCAGUGUUCAUCGCAACCCAGGUCCUCGACGCAGUCGUGGAUGAAAUUCAAAGCAGUGGCCAACAAGGCAUCCAGCUUUCCAUUGAUGACGAGGGUCUAUGGACCAGCCACACCGAGCGUAUCCUCGCUCUGCUGAGUCGUGACCAACCCGUUCCCCUUGACGAGGAUGUCCGUGAGAGCAUCGAUAAUGCUAUCCAGGAACUUCGCCGUGCAGAGGGUGGCGAGUUGCAUAACAUCUCGUCUCUAACUGGUGGUCUUGUUGCGCAAGAGGCGCUCAAGGUUCUUACCAGACAGUAUGUGCCGCUUGAUAAUACUUGUGUGUUCGAUGGGGCGCGGAGUCGGAGUGAGAUGUAUAGGCUUUAAGGAGGGUUGCUGGCUGGAUGCGCUUGAUAGCGCGGGGGACUAAAUUCAUGGCUGUUAUGAUUUAUGAUUUGUGUGCAUUGUGGUAUUUAUCAUUAAAAAUGAAUUCCAUAUAGAUGGGACAGACAUGUCGAUUGGGUAGAGGUUUGAUCGUAUCUUGAGCUGUCCUCAGCUCGUUUCGUCUCAUCUGAAGCUCGAAAUAACCGAAUGAACCACAUAUCUAUCGAGGCUCUGG